AUGGAUAAGAAACCUAUCAAACAGUUCUAUCCGGGGCAGGAUUCGCAGUACCAAAGCACCGCAGACAUACUAUUGGAAACUCACAAACGUUUCAAGAACCUCAUACACAAACACGAGGUGCCGCGCAAAUUAUUUCACGUCUCCAUCGGAUUCAUUACACUCUAUUUAUACACCAUCAAUGUUCAGACUCCAAUGUUGAUCAAACCCCUAGUGACGGGAUUUCUGUCAGUGCUAACACUGGAUCUUUUUCGGUUUAGAUCACAAACAUUCAACAGACUAUACUGCAGUGCAGUCGGCUUUUUGAUGAGAGAUAAGGAAAUCAAUACUUACAAUGGCACCUUGUGGUAUCUACUUGGGUUGUGCCUGGUCUUCCUGACGCAAAAGAAGGAUAUCGCUGUCAUGGCAGUUCUGCUGCUAAGUUGGUCAGACACUGCUGCCUCUACUUUCGGACGCAUGUGCGGUCACUUGACACCUAAAAUCACUAAGUCUAAAUCCCUUGCCGGAUCAAUUGCAGCAUUCAUUACAGGUGUCGCAUCGUCGUACUUGUUCUACGGAUAUUUCGUACCAGCAUACCCUGAGGUCAACUUUUAUUCCGAGUUCGCGUGGGAACCUUCAAAGAGCUAUCUGAGCCUGCACACCCUUUCAUUUUUAUGCGGAUUGAUUGCAUCGGUCAGCGAAGCUCUUACCAUAUUUAAUUGGGACGACAACUUCACCAUCCCGGUGUUUUGCAGUGGUUUCUUAUGGGCGGUUCUCAAGUUUUCUGCUAGAGACUAA